UCCACACAAACGCUCACGCGCACACUCACACAGCGCCAGACGCGUUUGCAUAUAGCCCGCCUGCCACUUCCAGUGUUACUUCUCUAAAGACGCGCAAGACCUGUUGGAUUUAACUAAAAUCAUUUUGUUGUUGUGCGGAGUUGACAAAAGUGUGACUUUUUUUUUCUCGCACUCCUCAGUUACAUCUUAUGUGACAACUUAUUUUGGGACCUCCACCCCAGUUCAACAAUCGCGGAGUUUAUUGGUGAAUACACUGGUUAAUUGCCUUUCAAAAUUCCGAGCCGUGCUGUUGGAUUAAAUCAGUGUUUGAUGGGCAAAAUGAAUACUUCCGUGAAAUAACUCCACAGGAUUUCAAGUGAUAAUCCCAGUGUGGCUUCUCCUCUCGGGGACUGAAGAUGUAUCGGGGUGUGUGUGUGUCGGUUCCCCUGCUGACUCUACUGGUACUGACACUAGUGGUGCCCAUGGGCCAGGCUUGCCCCAGGAGCUGUAACUGCUACCAGGCCAAUGAAGUCCACUGUACCUUUCGUUCCCUGCUCAGCAUACCUUCUGGCCUCCCUAUACACACACACCGCAUAAACUUUGGAUUCAACAGCAUCAGCACAAUACAUGACAGUUCUUUGGCUGGGCUAAAGAAGGUGGAGCUCCUGAUGCUCCACAGCAAUGACCUCCACCAUCUGCCAGAUGAAGCAUUCAGUGAUUUGAAAUCACUACAGAUACUAAAGCUGAGUUAUAACAAGCUUAGAGAGAUCUCUUCAUCUCUAACCUUCUCUGGCCUGACCUCCCUGCUGCGUCUGUACUUGGAUCACAACCGCCUCCAGCACAUCCACCCCCGGGCGCUGCUCCAGCUGCCGAGCCUCAGGCUGCUGCGUCUGCAAGGGAACAGGCUGCAUCAACUGCACCCUCGCACUCUGUGCACACUGUCCCUCCUGAAUACAUAUUACUUCUCUACACUCAGACACCUAGACUUGUCCAACAACAGUCUAACAACUCUGCCCAGAGACACAUUAGCAACAGCACCUCUGCUAGAGACUCUUGUGCUGCAGGCUAACCCUUGGAGUUGUGACUGUAGGAUGAACUGGUUUCUCACUUGGAGUCUGGCACAUCCAGGCUUAAUGAAAUGUCCCGGCGGCCCUCAGUGUCCAAUCUGUGCCUCGCCCGAUUCCCUUCAAGGUCAAGGCUUGCUUGAGCAGACUGACCCCUUGUGCAGCUCACCUGUUAUCGCCUCCCCAGGAAGAGACACACCUUUGGAGACCGAACAUAGUGAAAUCCAAACCAGUGAAUCCUUUAGAGAACCUUUAGGCACUGCCUCUCUGGGUCUCUCUGAUCAACAAGGGAACAGCGUGGAUCUGGUUUGCAACUUCACUCACUCUGAUUCCCAGGAUAUUGCUCCACCUCCAGAUCUUUCUCUUUCCUCCUCUUCCCCUCUCCCCCUCGCUCUCUCGCUCUCCCUGGAAUGCCCCGUGGAGAGACUGAGCUAUGAGAAACUUUGGAGGAUCCUAGCAUACUACAGUGAGACUGCGGUUCGUCUGGAGAGGCACAUCAUGCUGAGUAAAGUCCCAGCAUUUGCUUACCGCUACAGGCAGGCACCAGAGACAGAAGGAUAUUAUCACACUGGAGUCCAAUCUUCCGUUGAAGCCAGACCACAAUGGUUACUACAGCCAGCCAUCAGCAUUCAGCUAAACAGAGCACAGUCUAACAGACAUAAAGUUAAACUUAUCUACUCAACAAGAGUUUCUGCUCAUCCUGACCCUGCUUCUCAUCCCUCAGCAUCCUCCCCUUCCUCACCCCCAUGGGUGCUGAUUUCAACUAAUCAGACUGCCACCGAAUUUGCAACAGUAGUAGGUAGUAAGGUAGAGCUAUCAUGCCCUCUUUUAAGUUCUGGUAACCCCAAAGUACAGUGGGUUCAACCGGAUGGAUCCAAGCUCAUCUCCCCCUCAAGCAGCUUAGAUGGUAGGCUCCAGGCUUCAACCUCUGGUUUACUUAUUCAUAAAGUGCAGCUCUCAGAUGCAGGGAUCUAUUACUGCAUAGCACGGGCAGGCAAGGAUGUAGACGUUCUCCCCCUGCGCCUGGCCGUUGAGGAUUCCUCUUUUCCCAAUUCAGGAGAGCAAGUGGGACCUCCUGUCACAGCAACUGUUGGUAAACCUAUCAGUCUAUCCUGCAAGGCUUUUGGUUCACCAGCGCCUCAUAUAAAUUGGGUGUUACCAGAUGGAAACUUAGUACGGCAGGGAUUAGCUGUAUCAGGUGGGCUCAUUUUACAAUCAAAUGGGAGUCUCUCUCUGCCUAACCCUUCUCUGAGGGAUGCUGGUCAUUACCGCUGCAUUGCAGUCAACCAGUAUGGUAGUGAUUUUCUGUCGAUUCAGCUUGAAUUAAAUUCAAGACAUCCCCCUCCACUUAGGACUUCAUUUCCCACAGGGCCACAGUCAGCUGCUGGCCGGUCAACCAAGAUACGAGCUCCAUUACAAGAAGAAGAAGGGUCUGGCGAUGUGGCGGAAGAAGGAGAGAGAAUUCUUGCUGGCAGGAAGCGUCCAAGACCUCUUCAACCUUCCCCAAACAUACGUCUUCCAAUUGGAAAACCCGUAAGACGUGGACCUAUGAGAGAAGGCGCCCUGAGGAGAGGAGGAACGCUUACGUCAUCCACUGACCAGAGAAGAACCCGCUUUAAGAACAGACAUAGGGUUACCACAAACAAACAAAGGAUAGACCCUAAAAAAUGGGCUGAUCUCUUGGCUAAGAUUCGACAAAAGACUGUUGCCACUAAUGAAAGCGGGCCUGUCGAUGAAGCAAAGCCCAUAGCUGAAGAUGUGGAAGGAGGCCAAGAUGGAGACACAGGUAGAAAUGAAGGACUUGAGGAUACAGAGAGAGAUAGAUCUGAAGGAGCAGGAGAGGAAGCAGAAACGGAAGGGUCAUCUCUUGAUGAGACUGAUCUACAAGAAGAAGGCCUUCAGCAAAUUUACCCUGUCAACAAAGAAAUGCUAACACACACAGAGACAAAUACAGACACUGAAACAGACACAGAGAUAAAGACCGCAACAGAAUCAACAGAAACACAGACAAAUAUAGAGAACGAGACAGAGAGCGAGACAGAGAAAGCAACUCCACAGACAGAGUCAGUGACAAACACAGAGACACAGAAAGAAGCAGUCACAUUGAAGCCAAUUUCAGCAGCAAAUGAAAUUGUCCCAGAACCAGGUGACGGGGAUGAGCCAGAAGCAAACACCAACCCAUCUAGAACCAAGCCUCAAAACCCCUGGGAGGGACUCUUCCCUAAUUUGGUACCCAAUUCCCGGCCUCAAAGCCCUUGGAACUCUCGCAGGAGGAUCGGACAGCGAAGACGAAUCAUCAACAGGCCCAGGGGGCGUCCUUUGACCCCACGCCGACCUAUCCCUGAACUUACAAACCCGAGGUCACAAACUGAGACACCUGUCACUACAACAGAUCAAAUGAAUAUGUUGAUGCUGGUGUCAACAUCUACAUCUCCAGUCAUGCUGUUGACACGGAGUGACCAUAUUGAGACCACUUCAAAUGAUGUGGUACUGAAUUCUCAGUCUUCCACUAAUACUGUUGGUAUCUCCACUUCUGCCACCCCCUCAGUGACUCCCUCUUCCUCCUCUAUCACCUCAUUAUCCCCCUCUCACACGAAGAUACAUAUAGACAUGGUGACUCACCCAGCCAACAUCCCAGACACUGCAAAAUCCACUCUCUUCAACACAUUAACACCAGCACCCACUCACUCGGAUGCUACGGUCGUGCAGACACAUUCGCCUAACACACACGCCAAGACUUAUACACAUGGCAUACAGACUGUCACAAAAACACACACAUCUUUAGGCAAACAUGUUGAUGAACCUUCAAGUGAUCCCAAUGUUGUACUCGAGAGGAAUUUGUCAAGUGAACCAUAUGUGUCCCACUCCUCCAUCUCUCUCUCGCCCACUCCUUCCUCGAUUGUUUCCUCCACAGUCCCCAGUACAGCUACAACUACUACUGCAAAACUCCACACUACUCCAUUUACCUUUCUCAAAAUAAUACAUACUAAUUCUGCUGAAAGUGUUACAAGUAUAUCUUCCACUACAGCUAAUGAGGACACACGUCCCAUAGGAACAACACAUAUUGCUUUGACUAUAAGUCCCAAAUUGUUUACAACAACUACCAGUAUUAUCCCUACAUCUAGCACUACCAGAAGUACUACAACUGCUUUUACCUCUACUACUUCUUCCACAACACCUGACAUUACAUCAACUUUUCCAACUACCACUACUACUAUUAGCCCUUCUACUACUACUAUAACUACUACUACUGCUACUAGUACUACAAUCUCAUUCAAGACUAUCCCCGCAACCCCUCAUCCUACUACCACUGCUACAACUACUACUCCUACUAGUACUAGAAUUGUCACCUCAGUGAAACCUCCUUCAACAACUACAACGGCAGCUACACCCAGUAAAUCUUCAACUACAACCACUACAAUGAUCACAACAAGUACAACGCAAUCACCCAGAGAGAGGCCUAAUUCUGGGGGUUCAAACCAGAAUCGACCCUCUAUUGACUGGAGGAACCCUGGAACUAAUUCUAUUCCAGAUUCAGGCAGCAGCCGGCCUCAAUGGCCCCCCUCCCCUUCACUCCCGGCUGCCCCUGGGGUCCCAGUUGUGAGAUCCAGACCGAGGAUUGCAGACCCUCACAUCAGGACAGUGUCGGUCCCAGCAGAGAGCACUGCCAGGCUGGCUUGUGAAGCUCAAGGCGAGCCAAAGCCCUCCAUCACAUGGACCAAAGUCUCCACAGGAGCAGUGAUGUCAUUUCUCUCCAAGGCAGAGCGUUUUGAGGUCCUGCCAAAUGGCACUCUAGUUAUCCAGAAUAUUCAGCUGCAGGACAGAGGCACAUACAUCUGCAGUGCACAGAGCUUUCUGGGUCGCGACAGAUUGCUAGCCAACCUGGAGGUGUGGACACGCCCCCCUCGAAUGCAGCUGGCCAGCUACAGAGAUGUUACCAUUCAUCAGGGUGGAGAGGUGCACUUGCAGUGCCAGGCGGAUGGUGUUCCCAGCCCUCUGCUCUCCUGGGUUUUGCCUGAUCGCUCUGUCCUGACUUCCAGCGCUGCCUCCACCAGUCGGAUUAUUAUGGACACGAAUGGUACCCUCCAUAUACCAGUAACUUUAACCGGUGACAGAGGCGUGUACCGCUGUGUGGCUUCCAACUCAGCAGGAGCAGCCAGUGCCUCAGCGCGUGUACAUGUGUCCUCCUUGCCCCCUGUUAUACAGCAAGCCAAAGAGGAACACCUGCUUUUGUCUCCUGGGAGGCCUGUUUACGCUCACUGCUCUGCCAGGGGAGCCCCGACACCAACUCUGCGCUGGCGAAUUCCAGAUGGGACUAUAGUCCGCCAAUCCCAGUUUCUUCAUGGCAACCUUUUCGUCUUACCCAAUGGGACACUGCAUAUUCGAGGAGUUCGGCCUAAGGACUCAGGGAAUUACGAGUGCAUAGCAAGCAAUGCUGUUGGAGCCGAUAAGAGAACAGUUAGGUUAGAAAUUGAAGGGUCAGCAGAAGGAGAAAGAAGCCAGAGUGAAGCAAGACAUGAGGGAGCGAAAGCUGUUGAAAAAACAUCUUCUUCACUAAAUAAAGACAGAACUUUAUCUAUCCCUAGCCACCCUUCAAAUCCAUUCAACUCAGCUAGACUCCCCGCUUCAUCGCCCCAUGACAGAUCCCAGACCUUGCCGCUCAACACCAGUUCUUCUCGCUCAUCUUUUUACCCUCGCCCACCCACUGCCACUAACUCACUUCCUAAAAUCAAUAAAACAGUCACUGCCUACCCCACACACUUGAGCAACAUCAACAAAACAAAGCUCUCCCCUCUCUCCCCAUCCUCCACAAUGCCUACAAAUAACACCAAAGUCUCGCCUGGCAUUGUAAAUAACACAAAAGUUAUUUCUCCUCCCCCCUCGAAAAAAUAUACAGCCUCAGCUGCUUUGCAUCCCUCGCCUGUCUCACCCUUCAGUAAAGCCCUUAUUGUCUCUACAUCACCCUCCAGCUCCACUGUCCACUAUGGGUUAUUCUUGCAGCUCCACUGCUCUGUAACUGGAAACCCAGCACCUAUCAUCAUUUGGAGGACCCCUAUUAGGAAACUAGUGGACGUGCAUUACAGUUUUGACCAUCGUUUGAAGGUGCACCCUAAUGGAACUCUGUCAAUCCGAGCAUUAACAGAGAAGGACGCUGGUGACUACCUCUGUAUCGCGCGAAACAAGGUCUCAGAUGAUUAUCGCCGCCUGCGUGUCUCUGUUGUUACUAAGCCUGCCAAGAUCGAGCCCAAGCAACCACUCAAUCAGAUGGUGUCUUUCGGCACACCACUGAAGGUGGACUGCCAGGCAUCCGGACUGCCUGACCCAUCUGUCCGUUGGAGCCUACCAGAUGGAACCAUGGUGAACAGCAUGUUGCAGGGGGAGGACAGAGGAGGGAGAACACGGAGGCUAACUGUGUUUGACAAUGGGACGUUACUUGUACCAGCAGUAGGGAUGGGAGAAGAGGGAGAGUACACGUGUUAUGCUGAGAAUCAAGGAGGCCAAGACACCAUGAAGGUCAAAGUAAAAAUCAUGAGGACAUCUCUACCAACCUUUACUGAUGACAGAAGCCACCACGUGGUCAAAGUACGUGAAGGGGCAACAGCCACAAUUCCCUGCCAGGCCACUGGAGUUCCUGCCCCGACGGUCACAUGGUUUUCCCCGACCCGCCGUGUCAUCCCAAAAAGUUUGGGAUCUGGCUUUUAUUCCGAGAGGGUUGUGGUGGUUUUGGGUGGAACUUUAGAGGUGCGUCUGGCUCAAAAGAUCGACACAGGAACCUAUACCUGCCGAGCUAGCAACUCAGCCGGGGAGAGGAGCAUGCUGGUGGGCCUGGAGGUGGAGGCUGCUAACCAUGGACAGAGUGGCCAGGUGGGGGGAAGAGAUUGGAGUACUAGCUAUCAGCCUGAUAGUGGUCAUGGCAGUAGAUCAGGGGAAAGCACUAAUAAUGCAAGGAUACUUCAAGAUGGAUUUACCAAUGGAGACACAGGCCAGCUUGGCAGCAGUGACAGCAGAAAAAAUGCCUAUAGUGCUAAUGAUGGCAGGACAAAAAACAUUGCACCAAAGGAUGGCACUAACAUAGCGACCAGUGGCUUUUAUCCUGCCCUUAGGAGUGAUAGUCAAGAUGGAUUGAACAGACCUGUCAGUGGAAUCACCACACAACUAGGAAGAAGUGUUAUCAGUGUUGGAGUGAGUGGGGCUGGAAAUAUAGGCAUUAAAGCGGAUAACAUUGGAACAAAUCAAAAUGGACCCGGCAUUAUGAGUAAUAGUAAUAGCCUGAGUAGCAGUCACAGCACAGUUAGAUCAGAUAACGUAGAAAAUAAUCCUGGGACUAAUACUAAUGAAGUAAAUGCAGGAAAGGCUGGUAAUGGCGCUUACACCGGUAGAGAACAUGGCAGGAUAAGUGUGUCUAAUACAGGAGCUGGGACUGGCUCACUCAGUGGAAAUGUGUUUAUCAGAAAUAGCAGUAAUGCUGUUAUAGCUGCUGGUACUAAAAACUAUAGUAACACUGUUGUGGGUGUGGUAACUACAGUCAAACAGCGAGCUGUGAAAGGCCAAACUCUGGUUUUGCCAUGCCUCUCCCAAGGCUCCCCUCCCCCUCGUGUGGCCUGGCUUCUGCCUGGUAAUGGUGUGUUACCAGCUCCUUACUAUGGCAGCAGACUCACUGUGCACAGAAACGGCUCUUUGGAGCUGCGAGGAGUGCGUGCGAGCGAUUCUGGGACCUUAGUUUGUGUGGUCAGAAGUGAAAGAGGACAGACGAGGAUACAGGUGGAGCUGGAGGUCUCUGAGCCACAAGAGGAGGCCAGACUUUCACACAGGGGACGGGCAGAUGAAAGGCCUGUGAUGGGACGUGUAGGUGUAAUAGAGGCGCCACGCCCGGGAACCUCAUUAGAUUCAGCUAAAUCCUUGAGCUCAAGGCCAAUGUUGCCUGAGGCACUUCAUCCAAAAAUCCAAGUUACUCAAAAGCCUCUACACAGAGGCCAGUCUUUUCCUGCCACACCUCGUCCUGUUGUCCCUCCACCCCGUUCCUCGAGCCCUGUGUCAGAGCCAGCAGUGAGCACCAGAACAGCUCCCUUAGUGAGCAUCGUUAAUGGAGAGAACCUCCGCCUGCCUUGUCCUGCUCCUCAAACCCAUGGAUAUACCCAGGGCUCUCUCUCAUGGACCAUGCCAAAUGGAAAAGUACUGACCCGGGGUGAAAGUGAUGACUCAGGCCGAUACAAAGUCCAAGAAGAUGGAAUUCUGACAGUGCAACAGGCCUCCGUGUACGACCGCGGCACCUUCAGCUGCAGAUCUACCAGUGGCGACUCAAUUUCAGUCAUCACGGUUCCCGUCAUCGUCAUCGCCUACCCGCCACGCAUCACAACAGGCCCCUCCCCUGUGACCUACACACGACCCGGGGUGGCUGUGGAGCUGCCGUGUAGGACAAUAGCGACACCCCGGGCGACCGUCACCUGGGAAACACCAGACCUGACACAGCUGAGGGUCAUGGGUCAGGCUCGUAUCUAUGGCAACCGCUACCUUAGUCCUCAAGGUUCCUUGGUGAUACAAAACCCGACAAGUAGGGAUACGGGAUUUUACAGAUGCACCGCCAAAAAUGUAAUAGGAGUGGACACCAAGGCAACCUACCUACAUGUUAUAUAACAGGGUGAAAUAAACACACACACAAACAGACAAUCAGCAGAACGACGGAGACAGUCUACUGUACUGGUGGAUGAACUCCUCUGCUUAUAACAUGUUAUGUUUCCCACAUGCCCAAAGGAACUGCAAGGCUUUAUGCAGGAGAUACUGUUGAAUCUCCGAAAAGACAAUACUAAUAUACAUUAUGGCUCAUUUAUGUAUUUGUAUGACUUUGAUUUCAAUACAUUUUUGUUUGAAACAUCAGGAGUUGAAGGAUUCUUUGCUGAUACAGCAUCAUACAUCAUACAGCACCUGUGGACUGUUUCAGUGCAAAGAUGUGUCACAUUUGAGUAUUGCUGAAAGACAAGCAAGCUUUCCUUGGCCUGAUUGCUUUGUUUCAUUACUUUACACAUUCGUCCACUAAAAGUGAACUACAGUAUAGCAUACAGUAUUUGUAAUGACUGUAUCACUAAAUAUUGUAGAUAAAACGCAGAAUAAGGACAAUAAAGACUUUUUCCUGUCCUUCACAAAUGUGAAAAGGCAGAUUAAUAUUCAACGUGAUGUCAUAUCAAAUAAUCAUGUUUGAUUUUGGUGUAUAUUUAUAAAAUAUAAGAUUUUUUUAUGACGCAAGUCAAAUUUCAGACUUGAUCUGACAAAUAAAGUAAUAUCGUAUCGUAUCGUAUAUACUUGCGAAAUGGGACGUCAUCAACACUAUUUAAAUUUCAACUUGAUAUUGACCUUUUAACUACAUUUUCUAAUUUAUAACGUACAUUAAAAGGUUGUAUUUUGUUGUGGUGCAUAUGUAGCGAACAGUAACUUAAAUUGGCAGCCUUGUUUGUAUUUUACUGCCUUACCGUUACAGUGAAUGUGUAGAAGACAUGAUGAGGGCUGUGAUCCAACCAGUUUAUUCAUGAUUUCUUGAACCUAUUAACUCUCCUUGUUAUAUUAUGGAUUUUAAACCUUGCCAAUAUUAUUCUACCACCAUUGAGAACAUCUCACAUUCUCACAGCAUUAAUGGGGCAGAAAGAGAUACGGUACAAAGCAUUCAUGCAAACACAAUAGUCAGUUCUUUGGAGAGUUAUCUUUGUGAUUAUUUUGAUAUUAAAGAUUGUAUAAAUGCAUGUGUGGUUUAAGAUCCUUCCCUAAGCUUGAGCACAAAGACAGCAGCUCAUAGUUAUCAUGUUUCCUCUUUCCUUUUAUGUUUUCUUUUCAUUUUGUCCUUAAAUUAUUUGUCUUGUAAAGUCUCUGUUGUAAGAUGUGCUUUGUCAUAAAGGGAGAAAUUAUUAAAUAUCAUUAUGUAUGUCAAUAGUUACCAAUGAAUGACUGCUUGCUAUAUUUUUGAACAGCUUCAUUUUAUAAAUAAAACUGAAAAAAUAA